CCAAGUGGAUCACACACACACACUCUCUCUCACACACACACACUUAAGCGCAGACGCACACUCACACAGAGAGUCACGCCAGUGUGGAGUAUCGGAGCAGGAAGGACAGAGGGGGAGAACUGCACCUGUCCCGCACACACACUUUAUCCUCACACACAUAUACGGAGAGGAUCUGACCGGUCGUCCCUAUGUGUGGAUGGGACCAAAGUUACACGGCGACCUCUCAUAGCUCGGCCAUGUUGACCAGUGAGGGGGCGCACGCCAUGGAGCAGGACAACACACACCACAGCGCCAAGAUUGCUUCCACCGCCACCAGCACAGGCUCAGACGGAGCCGAGACGGCGUCAGACACUGAUGUCGACAUGGAAAUGGACAUGGAGGAGGCAGACAUGACACAAUGGACAGAGACGGAGUUCGAGGAGAAGUGCACGUACAUUGUAAAAGACACGGCGUGGGAGGCGGGGCCAGACUGUGACGCCAUGAUGACAUCAGCAACCAGAGCAGAGGCCUCACUGCCCAGAAACCUGGCCUUCAAACACCUGGCAGGCAGCAAAGAGGUGGUCGGCGUGUGCAGCAGAGAGUACAUCCCAAAAGGAACUCGCUUCGGGCCCCUGGUGGGCGAGAUCUACACAGCCGACAGCGUCCCCAAAGACGCCAAUCGCAAGUACUUCUGGAGGAUCUAUGUGGAUGAGGAUUUUCACCACUUUGUUGACGGCCUGGAUGAGACUCGCUCCAACUGGAUGCGGUACGUGAACCCAGCCCACUCAGCAGCGGAGCAAAACCUGGCAGCAUGUCAGAACGGAAUGGAGAUUUAUUUCUACACGGUGAAGCCCGUCCCGGCUGGUGCUGAGCUGCUUGUCUGGUACUGCCACGACUUUGCCCGACGCCUGCACUACCCACCGUCCGGGGAGCUGAUGAUGCAGAAACUUAAGCAGUCCCUUUUGGAAGUCAAGCAGCAGCAGGUGAGCAGUGAAGACCGGGUGGCCGAAGCAUCCAGUCUGUCCCCUGUCGCAGUGACACCCACCCCAGCCAAGAGGGAACACAGUGUUCUUUCCAUUCUCCAAGGCACCAAUAGCACAAAGAGGGAGCCCAGCCGGCCACUUCCCACCCGCCCACGCUAUGCCAACAGUCCUGAGCGCCCCGUGUACCCCCGUGCCCUCUAUCCAACUCUCAGGCCCCACCCACCCACCCACAUUGCUGAAGACUUCCUUAGCCAAAAACCUGGCCAGCUUGGUUACUCCUCAACUCAUUCUUCUGGCACCCAGUCUUCAGCCACACCUAGCCCAUCAGCGAGGAGCAGCCCAGAAAGCACCCCUCAGGGGAGCCCCUCUGGUCCAGCACCAUCUUCUGCUUCUUUUUACCAUACUGGACUGGGUCCUUACCCUGGUUACUCCCCACCAACUGCCUCCAUCUCCUCACCAUACUACCCUCCAGGGGUCCCCUACUCACGUUACCUGCUGCCCCAUCACUAUCCUCUACCUGCUGGUGGUGUCCCUUCCGUAGGGGGGAUCAUUCCUAGGAUGUACCCACUGUUUAGCAGCCUUCUGCCCCCUCAUGUGCCCCUCCUACCCUCUGACACAGCUUCAAGGCGCUUUCUGAUGCCUGACCCUGUACACCCCUCACCCAUCUCUGGCCACAGAGACUUCCUCCUUCCAGGCCCAACAAGUGCCUUCUCAGUAGCUACUUCCCUGAGAGACAAAGCAGGGCCUCACAACCCUUACCCUGGGCACCCACACCCACACGGACCAGCUCGCGCACCAUCCAGUGGCUCGCCAACGGCAGGGACAGCGCCUCCCAGUGAGCAGAUGCCCACCAAGCCUACCUCAGCCCUGCUGGGCAACACCAGUGAACAUCACUCUGAUGAAGAGGCAAUCAAUCUGUCCAAGGUGAAGCGUGGCACAGGCUCGGCAGGAUACAAAGCACUGCCAUACCCUCUGAAGAAGCAGAAUGGCAAAAUCAAAUAUGAGUGCAAUGUGUGCAGCAAGACUUUCGGACAGCUGUCUAAUCUGAAGGUUCACCUUCGUGUCCACAGUGGAGAGAGGCCCUUUAAAUGUCAAACCUGUAACAAAGGCUUCACUCAGCUGGCUCACCUGCAGAAACACUAUCUAGUCCACACUGGGGAGAAGCCUCAUGAAUGUCAGGUUUGCCACAAGCGAUUCAGCAGCACCAGCAACCUGAAAACUCACCUGCGCCUCCACUCAGGGGAGAAGCCCUAUCAUUGCAAACUCUGCCCAGCUAAAUUCACACAGUUUGUCCACCUGAAGCUGCACAAGCGCCUGCACUCCCGUGAGCGUCCACAUAAAUGCCCACACUGUCAUCGUCACUACAUCCACCUGUGUAGCCUGCGACUUCACCUGAAGGGCUAUUGUCUGGCAGCAAACACCAGCUCUGGCAGUCCAUCUGUCUCCAGUCACGCUGUACUGGAGGAGGUACAGCGAGCCAAUGAGGAGAUCGAGCGCUUUGACGUCAGUGAGCAUGCCGAACGACUGGAGCAGCUGCAGGGAGGAGGUGAGAUGGAGGUCAUGUUGGAGAAGCAGGUCUUGGGAAUGCUGUGGCAGGACACUGACCUUAAGUCGUCCCAAUUCCAUUCCCACCACAAGAGCAGCACCACUGAGCUUCUGUCUGCAGGUUACAGUGCAUACGAGUCCCCGAAUGAAACGUCAGUCAUCAAGAUGCGCCACAGCAGCCCCAUCCCACCAAUUCCUCCCAAAAUUACAGUCAAGCAGGAGUCAGAGGACCAUGUGUAAAUGUCCAAGAGACAUAGACUGCGUGGUGAACUGUGUUGCCAGGAGCAACAAAUGUAAAUAAAUAAUCCUCUACCUGGUUGUCAUCAGAAGUGACAGCAUGACAAUACCAGGUUUUCAACCUAUCAGGGACUCACGUACUCAGGGCUACAAGAGACACUGUCCCAUGACUACUUAAUGUUUUCAGCAUUGAUUAUACUUAGAGACAAUCAUCUAUCCAGGAUUUACCUUAUGUAAUUGAUAUAAUGCUAUUCUCAUUAUUGUUGUUGUAUUUUUUUGUUUCUAUUUUCAUGUGUCAUGUUUUUGAUCAGUUAGUUGUUGUAUAAUCUAAUUUAUUAUACUUUUUAUUUGUUUUCUUCAAAAGCAAUAAGUGGAAGGGAUGAUUACACUGAUGGAGUGAAAUCAAUGUAAAGGCCCAUUUUUUUGUUGAUGUUAUAUAGUUUUUCUCUGUAGAUAGUCACUCUCUCUAUGCCUAUAUCAGUCCUUUGACCCCUGACCUAUAGACCCAGGGCUGUCCACUCUUCAGGGUUUUACCUAUUUAAAUUUAGGAAACAAAAUAGCAGGUUGAAAGGGUUAAAAAUCUUGCCAAAGUACGGCAUAUAAAUUUGUUAAUUUAGAAAGAGGAGAUUUAUUUCAACCCUGCUUGAAAGCUUCCCUAAUGCAUGUCUGAGUCCUUUUCUGAUGCCUACUUAAUUUAAAUGAAACAAAAACGGGCAUUUUUUUGUAUAUUUUUCACAACGGUUACCUCAGUGUGCUAAGUGUGUAUGUGAUGACAUGAGUGUGUGUCUGUAUGUGUGAGUUUAAAGGGAAAGCUGAAAGUGGGAGUUUCUAUUUAUUUGCUUUUUUUUUUUUUUUUUUUUUGCUACUUGAAGAAGAAGAAACCAAACUGAACUGGAGUGCAGCUCUUCAUGUGGUCCAAAGGAGUGGCACAGCCUGCUCAACAUGUAGCACAUAAUGGACUUGGGAGGCCCUGAGCCACUCCCCCCAACUUGUCCCUCCUCUUGUUUUACUUUUUUUUUUUUAUUACACUGUUAAUAACCCAACAGGGAUGUGAACAUCCUCAGAUGUAGGGAUUCACACUUGUCGCUAGAAACCAAAGUUCAUAUGGCUUCAAUUUUAAAUGCACACCAAAAGAAAAGGAAAAUCAAAACAAGGGAAGAAGGACUUGAGAAAUCAAAAUGCUGAAGAAGGGAAGAUGUACUUUGUGUAUAUGAUGAAGUGUUUGCUCUGUCGCUGUGGUCUCUCAUUUUGUACAUGUUUUUGGUUUUGUUGUUGUUGUUAAUAUUUUGGUUGAGACAAAUGGCCGCUUCUUCAACCCCACCCGUCCACCCUUUUGUUAAUGAACUGGCACACACAAAAGCACCUCGGCCUUCUUUUAUGCACUGCCCCCACCCUCUUCCUCCUACUUUAUAUUUUCAGUGCCGAUGCUUGCAACAUUUACACUGUGUACAAUAUCUCUGAAACUGGUCAUAAUAGCAUUAAGAGCCAACUUAAUGUUACUACAGCAGCUGUAAUUUUCUAUAACAGUUGCACACCAUCUGAACUGUGUAGCUCUCACUCUCUCCUCUGUUUCAUUACCUUUCUCUCUAGCUAAUGUUUGACCAAAGCGUCUCUUUCUCUGUUCAGAGCUUUAACUUCAGAGGAGAAUCUCUGUUUACAUUCUGGUUUACAUAGUUAUUUAUGUGCGAAAAUGUCAAAAAGUGUAAAUUAUGGUAUAAAUGUUCACUGCUCUAAUCUAA